AUACCUGGUUUCAGGUAAACGCCACGUCUAUGUGCCGACAGUACUCCUAAAUACACCACUCACCGGUUAGUUGGAAAGUUGGAAUGAUAUUAGUGAUAUAAGUCUAAGGAAGUUAUCACGAGAGAAAAUAUGACUCAGUGUAGUCUAAUUAUAUUAAUAUGGAGUGUCACGCUGCUUUUCGGUUUACAUGUCCGACCUCUCAUCGCUAUCGACGAUGAUUCCUACUUGAACCUUAAGAAUGUGGAGAAACAUAUCGAUUUACAAUCUCAAUUAACAAAAGUCACGACUAGACUUGUAUUAGAAAAUGGAAGCAAGGAUCGACACAUACGAAAUUUCCUUUUUUCAUUGGAACCUGAACAAAAAAGCAGUCUCAGCUAUAUAGCAGCUUACAGGGAACCUGUACGGGUUGAGCUGAAAUUGAGCGAAACGAAGAUAAACGAGCAUCCAGAUAAGACUUUUUAUAGAAUUGAAUUGAAGGAACCACUCUCUCCUGGUAGAACUAUGUCUGUUGAAAUUGAAAUGAUAUUAACACACGAGCUUACACCUCAUCCGAAGGAGAUCACACAGAAAGAGAAGCAAUUAGUAAAAUAUACAGGAAAUAUCUAUCUUUAUUCACCUUACAAUAUAAUGAAACAAACUACCAUUGUAUCUUUGCCAUCACGUAAUGUGGAAAGUUAUACCAAGUUUAAACCAGUUUCGCAAAGUGAUUCAAUGAUCACAUAUGGUCCAUACGAGAAGCUUCCUCCUUUUUCGUAUGAAGAAUUGAAUAUACACUUUGAGAAUAACAAUAAGUUUCUCACCGUUACCAGGCUUGAGAGAAGUAUCGAAAUAUCUCAUUGGGGAAAUAUUGCUGUUGAAGAACGUAUUGAUUUAGUACAUACUGGUGCUUUAUUGAAAGGUUCAUUCUCACGCUACGAAUAUGCUAAGGAAUCAAAAUCUGGACAGGCUAGUAUACAGAGCUUUGAUACUAUUUUACCUGCAGCUGCCUCUGAUAUUUAUUACAGAGAUGAAAUUGGUAAUAUUUCAACAUCCAAUACUCGUAUUAAAAAAGAUUCCGUGGAGUUGAAUCUUCGUCCACGAUUCCCACUCUUUGGUGGCUGGAAAACCAGAUACAUAGUUGGAUAUAAUGUACCUAGCUAUGAGUAUCUAUUCCAUUCAGGGGACCAGUACACUUUAGAAAUGAGACUACUGGAUCACGUAUUCGACGAUAUGGUGGUAGAUGAACUGCUCGUAAAAAUUAUUUUACCAGAGGGUUCAAAGAACAUUGAAUUGAACCUUCCAUAUUCAGCAACACGUUUAUCAGAUUCUCUUCAUUACACGUAUCUAGAUACUACUGGUCGUCCAGUAAUUUCUGUCACAAAGAAAAACUUGGUUGAAAACCACAUUCAAAAUUUCAAGUUAAAAUAUUCGUUUCCGCGUAUAUUAAUGUUACAAGAACCAUUACUUGUAGCAGCUGCAUUGUACUUGUUAUUUUUGUUAGUAAUUACAUAUGUAAGGCUCGAUUUUUCAAUCGACAAAGAUGAGGUUUCAGAAAGUAAGUUGAGAAUUGCUGGACAGUGUGAAAAAAUUUUAGCUGCACAAGAUCGACGAGUAACUUCUUAUAACGAGUUAGACGAUCAGUUAGCAUACCUCAAAACGAACAAAGACGCCAAUGCAUUUUUGUCUGUUGUCAAAGGCAUUAAUCAAGAAUACAAAAGUGCAACAAGUACUGUUGCAGAAAUUGCUCAACGUUUGAAAGGAGAAUCCGGGGAUAUUUACGAUCGCGUUCAAGAAUUGCAAAAGUAUGAUAAGACAUUGAAGGAACUUUAUAAUCAGCAGCAAGCACUCUAUGUAGACAAAUUAGUACCAGGGAAAAUAGGACGUCAACCAUUUUUAGAAGCAGAAGCAGCUAUUGCUAAGAAGAAAGAAGAAUGCGUGGAAAAGAUCAAUUCCAUUGUGAAGUCUUUGCAGUAAUAAAAUUCUUCGAAUUUGAAAGAGACUUAAUAAAGUUAAUUUAAACAAUUAGCUAACAAAUUUUCCAUGAUAAGUUACUAUAGAACCUUUCCUGUACACUAAGUUAAGAUUUGUAAUAAAGAAAUAUAAAUUAUAUGCCACAUA